GGAGAUCCGUUUGACACAUCUGUUCUACUGUGGACCCGUGCUGCUCCUGUAUCGACUGCGAACCCGGGACCAGACGUCGAUGUUCCGAUCUGUGUCUCCUAUAAAGUCUUCGACAACCCGCGACUGUCUGGGUCGGUGAUCAAUUCUGGAGAAGCAUUCACCUCUUACGAUGUCGACUGGACCGUCAAAGUUGAAGCUACGGGAUUGAAAGCUGAUACUCGAUACUGGUACCAAUUCGCUGAUUGCACUAAUGCCGUUACGGUGAGCCCCGUAGGAGCGACCAGGACCCUGCCGGACCCUGAUACCCCCGCGGAGGACGUCAACGGCGGCAAACCGUUAACCUUGGCGGUGUUCUCAUGCUCUAGAUGGCAGGACGGUUAUUUCAAUGCAUACGGAUAUGCUGCGCAUAAUACCUCGGCAGAUAUCUUCAUCCACCUGGGUGAUUAUAUCUACGAGUCUCUAGGGAACGGGGCCUCGAUUGGCCGACAGACCUUGGGCAGAGAGUUGGCGACUAUCUUCGACUAUCGUCAGCGCCUAGGCCAAUAUCGCACAGACACCAGUCUCAUUUAUGCCCAUCAGUAUUCCCCGUGGAUAACAGAUGACCAUGAGGUCGCCGACCAAGCGUGGAAGGCCGGGACGGCGGAUUCGAAUGAUACGACAGUAGGAUGCAGCUUCUCGCCUUCUGGUGCAUGCUUCACGGACAGAAAGCUCGCUGCUGUCCGAGCAUACCAUGAAUGGAUCCCUAUCCGGCAGGUAGUAGCAGACGACAAAUUACGAAUAUGGCGCAACUUCCAGAUCGGAAAGCUCCUGGAUCUAACGAUGCUAGAUACCCGUAACACUUGUGUAAGGCAGAUUACAGAUGUCAAUACCAUCUCUUCGUAUCCGAAUCGCUCAAUCAUGGGAUUCGAACAAGAAAAUUGGUUUUACAGUUCUCUGUCCGAGUCGCAGGCGCGAGGUGCCGUUUGGCGAAUCAUUGGUCAGCAAAUCGUGUUUUCGCAACUAAACGAAUCUGGUACCUAUAAGCUGACUUUCAUUCAUCGCCUUUAUUGCGUUAAUCCACUUAAGGACGCUUGGGACGGUUACCGCGCGAAUCGAAUGCGUGUCUUGGACUAUCUGUACAACAAUCAUAUCACGAAUACAAUCAUCCUGUCAGGAGAUAGUCAUGCAAACUGGGUCUCCGAUCUGGCGAUCCCGAAUGAUACGACCACGUACAACCCUAAUACCGGGGAUGGCGCUAUUGGGGUCGAGUUUGCCGGAACAGCAGUUACCUCUUCCUCGGCAUUUGGUGCAGGGAUCUCCCCGCAAGCAGCAGACAAGAUAUCUCAAGUCUAUGUGGCAGCCAACCCUGACUUGCAAUGGAGUGAAGGCUCUUACCGAGGAUUCUUUACACUAACCAUCGACGCCAAUAACAUCAAUGCGACUUAUUACGCAAUGAACAAUAUCAAAACUGCCAACCUCGAUGGGUUCUCCAGCGCGCAGUUCAAUGUACAGAAGGGCGCAAACAAGCUGACGCGCCCAGUAGCGGGUGGGAACGUCGCGGCGGGAGUUCUGAAGUCAACUGUAGUCUGA